AUGCCGGGGAAGAAGCCCGGGGGCUCCGCGGGCGGCGGCGGCGAGCUGCAGGGGGACGAGGCGCAGCGGAAUAAGAAGCGGAAAAAGAAGGUUUCCUGCUUCUCCAACAUCAAGAUCUUCCUGGUGUCCGAGUGCGCCCUGAUGCUGGCGCAGGGCACCGUGGGCGCCUACCUGGUGAGUGUUUUAACUACCUUGGAGCGACGAUUCAACCUGCAGAGCGCUGACGUGGGGGUGAUAGCCAGCAGCUUUGAGAUUGGGAACCUGGCCCUCAUUCUCUUUGUGAGCUACUUUGGAGCCCGGGGGCAUAGGCCACGUUUGAUAGGAUGCGGAGGAAUAGUCAUGGCUCUGGGCGCCCUCCUUUCGGCGUUGCCUGAAUUUCUGACCCAUCAGUACGAAUAUGAAUCUGGGGAAAUACGCUGGGGGGCUGAAGGGAGGGAUGUAUGUGCUGCCAAUGGGUCCACCAGCAACGAGGGACCAGACCCGGAUCUUAUCUGCAGGAAUAGGACUACCACCAACAUGAUGUACUUGCUUCUCAUUGGAGCGCAAGUGCUCCUAGGCAUUGGUGCUACCCCUGUACAGCCACUAGGAGUUUCCUACAUCGAUGACCAUGUGAGACGGAAAGAUUCCUCCCUGUAUAUAGGGAUCCUGUUUACAAUGCUGGUAUUUGGACCAGCCUGUGGAUUUAUCUUGGGCUCCUUCUGUACCAAAAUCUAUGUGGACGCUGUCUUCAUUGACACAAGUAAACUGGAUAUCACCCCCGAUGACCCUCGGUGGAUCGGCGCGUGGUGGGCAGGCUUCUUGCUGUGUGGUGCCUUACUUUUCUUCUCGUCCCUCUUGAUGUUUGGAUUCCCGCAGUCCCUGUCCCCCACGGUGGAGCACGUGGUGGAGAGCGAGCAAGCCAUGCUCCCCGAACGGGACUACGAGAGGCCCAAGCCAAGCAAUGGGGUCCUGCGGCACUCGCUCGAAGGGGAGGACAGUGCCUCCUGCCUCCAGCAGCUGAGAGUGAUACCUAAAGUAACAAAGCACUUGCUGGCCAAUCCUGUCUUCACCUGCAUCGUACUUGCUGCUUGCAUGGAGAUUGCUGUGGUCGCUGGCUUUGCAGCCUUCCUGGGGAAGUACCUGGAACAGCAGUUCAACCUCACCACCUCAUCAGCCAAUCAGCUCUUGGGGAUGACAGCGAUCCCAUGUGCAUGUCUGGGCAUAUUCCUGGGCGGUCUCCUGGUGAAGAAGCUCAGCCUGUCUGCUCUAGGAGCCAUCAGGAUGGCCAUGCUUGUUAACCUGGUGUCCACAGCUUGCUAUGUCUCUUUCCUAUUCCUGGGCUGCGACACGGAGCCUGUAGCUGGGGUUACUGUUCCCUAUGGAAACAACUCAGCUCCGACCUUGCCCUUGGACCCAUAUUACCCCUGCAAUAUCAACUGUGAAUGCCAAACCGAUUCCUUCACUCCAGUUUGUGGGGCAGAUGGGAUCACCUACUUGUCCGCCUGCUUCGCGGGCUGCAGGAGCACGAAUCUCACUGCCUGCUCAUGCCUCAGUUUGGUCCCUGCCGAGAACGCUACAGUAAUGCACGGAAAAUGCCCCAGUCCUGGUUGCCAAGAGGCCUUCUUGACAUUCCUCUGCGUGAUGUGUGUUUGCAGCAUGAUUGGAGCCAUGGCGCAGACGCCGUCAGUUAUCAUACUCAUCAGAACAGUGAGCCCUGAACUUAAGUCUUAUGCUUUGGGGGUGCUUUUCCUGCUGCUCCGUUUGCUAGGUUUUAUCCCACCACCCUUGAUCUUUGGGGCUGGAAUUGACUCAACAUGUCUGUUCUGGAGCACGUUUUGUGGCGAGCAAGGAGCCUGCGUAUUGUAUGACAAUGUCGUCUAUAGAUACCUGUAUGUUAGCAUUGCUAUAGCCCUGAAAUCUUUCGCAUUCAUCUUAUACACAACCACCUGGCAGUGCUUGAGGAAAAACUAUAAAAGAUACAUCAAGAACCAUGAAGGCGGGCUCAGCACUAGUGAAUUCUUUGCCUCCACUCUCACCCUAGACAAUCUGGGGCGGGACUCUGUGCCCCAAAACCAAUCACAGAGGACAAAAUUUAUCUAUAACCUUGAAGAUCACGAAUGGUGUGAAAACAUGGAGUCUGUUUUAUAG